AUGGAGGGCAGAGGUUUGCACCACCCUUCCUCAGUCUUAACAUCAGAACUAUCUGCUAUAUAUUGUGCGCUUCUAUUUACAUCAAAUCUAUGCCAUAAAAAAUUUAUAAUUUAUACACACUCGUACAGUGCUUUGAAACUUUUAGAGUCUGCUUCCAGCACUCACAGUCAUGUUGUUGUAUAUAUUCUCAAGUUAACUUUAAAGUUGAAAAAGCGUGGUUACGAAAUUCUGUACUGCUGGGUCCCUGGCCAUGUUGGUAUCAGGGGAAACGAACUGGCAGAUAUCGCAGCCAAAUCUGCUGUUGAUUUGUGCAACCAGCAUGUUCCUCUGACGGAUAUUAAGAAGGUUGUCAAGAGAAAAAUCCUAGAGAAGUGGCAGCUAUUGUGGGAUGCUCAGGUACUCAAUAAACUACAAAGCGUGAAACCUCUAAUUGAGUAUUGGGACUCCUUACGAAACCGGAGGGAGGAAGUGAUGUUAACACGUCUAAGGAUUGAUCACUCUCGUGUCCCAUACAGCUACCUGUUAAAGACCGAGAUUGAAAUUGUUUGUUCUUUCUGUGGGAGUAUUCUGACAGUUCGACACUUUUUAGUUGACUGCGUGUAUUUUAACUCACCUCGUUUAAAGUAUUUUAAUGGCUCUGAAUUGCCUCUUGACCGAAUAAUCAGGAAAGAUGUCAAUACUAAUUUAUUUUAG